AUGUCCGCCUCCACGGCGUCGCAGGCGACCGCAUCGUGGCCGCACGACUCCCAGUCCGACGACGACUGUCGCGCGCCACCGCUCCUUGGUCAGGCUGGGCUUGGCGCGGGCGCAGACCCGGACCGCGCGCUCUGCCGAAGCGUCCUGGAGCUGCUGGAGAAUGCUGUUGCCGCGUGCGAAGCUGACGACAGCAGAGACCACACGAUCAAGAUCAGCGUCCAGGGCCUGCCUGGUACGAAUAUUUACCAGGUCUGCGUCAGCGAUGACGGCCCGGGCUUUGGCACGGCGCUGGACGCCAUCGGUGACCGCGGCGUUUUGGCUGGGCUUGGCCUGGCCACGGUGAUCCGCUGGGCCGUCAGUACGUACUGGUGGGGCGGGGGCUGCGGGUCCCACCCUGGCCCAGACGAGCUCGCCGAGAUUCUGAGCGUCGCGAGGGGACAGCUGCGGCGGCGCACGUGGGGCGCGGCUCAUCACGCCGACGCCGCCGAGCCGGCAUCGGUGACCGCCCCGCCACAGCUCCUGGAGGACUACGACGGGAGCGGGUCGCAUGUCUCGGCCCUUCUCCUCGGCGGCCGGAAGGCAAUCGACGUGCUGCGAGACGCCAUCGCGUACUCUGCGCAGGCCCUCUGCACUACGUCGUCCCUCACGAUCGAGCUCGACGUAGCCACAUCGCACGGCGAGGCGGGCGCGCGCAGCUACACUGUGCGGCACCAUGUCGAGCCGGUGGUGAUGAGCCGCAUGUUCGUGCAAGCGGGGCCAGCGCCAUCUUUGCCAGGCGUCGAGCAGCUGCUCCACUCGCUCCAGGACGAGCUCCGCGAUUGCGUGGUUGUGCCUGCCGCCGAGUCCCAAGGACUCAGAGUGAUUGCCGCACACGGUGCUGGGCGCGGAGUGCUGUCCGGCUCUGGGUUCGCGCACGCGACGCUCCAGCUCGCGGUGGAGCCACGAGCCCCCUCGGCAGAGCAGCCGCGCUCUCGCUCCGGCGCCGAUUCCUCCACCGCGCCGCUCCACGUGCUCGUGCUUCUCAACAACAAGCGAUUGGACCUCGCCGACCAGCAGCAGUUCGUCGCCGGCUGCGCGUGCUUCGAUGCGAUCAAGCGCGCGCGCGGGUGGAAGAAGCACCUGGGUUCAUCGCUGACGUCGCCAGGGGAUGGCAGGCUCCGAGUGGGCUCAGAGGGCGACGACGCCGUCCGCUGCGGCUGGCUCUGCCUCCACCUGCGAAGCCCCAACGUUCACUUUUCCGAUGCAUCGAGGAGGCGCAUCAUGCCGGCGAAGCACCUCCCCUCUGCCAUCAACGCUGCGCUUGACGGCGCUCUCACACAGGUGUGCGCCCGCCUCGCACCGCACGGCGUCAAGCUCUCGCGGGCCGAGCAGCGUCUGCAGGAGGCGCGCGCGUACGCCGCUCACAUCGCCACCGCGAUGGCGGACAUUCUGAACCUGGCCGCUCAGCAGCCGGGCCGGGAGAUGGGCGAGGGGAGCAGCUGUGCCACGCUGGAGCGGGAGCUCAUGCAGCUGCUGCGCCUCGCCUGA